UUAUUAUUAUUAUUAUUAUGAGAACAGAAAUCUAUGGUGGGCGUUUAUGGCAGAAGAAGGAGAGGGAGAAGAAGAGGAGGAAGUGGAGACGCAGGCCACUCAGACCAUUUUUAUGAUCGCCCAAUCCACACAGCCAUAGGCCCAAAUCGAAUUUUUAUACACGAAAAUCGAUAGCUUCUCCGGGUGGCGAGCGACGGGGAUAGCCCCUCCACCCCCGGCGGCAGGUAUCUUCCUCGGUUGCAUCUUCGUUCGUAUCACCCAGGAAAAAAAGGGUAUUGUGUAACGAAUUAUGGGCAAAAAGGUCUCCUCAUCUCCCCGGACCACUGGGUGGCGCCGCUUGAAGAGGUCUACGGAGUCUCCGUCUCCGCCGGUCGGAGGAGCCGGAUCGCCCCCGAACAACAACAAUAACUUGAUAGGAUCAGGUGUAGGGAAGGGGAAGAAGAAGACUGGGGGAGCGAAGCUGUGGAUGAGAUUCGACCAUUCGGGCCGGUCCGAGCUGGUUGAGUUGGACAAGAGCGCCAUCAUUCGGCGUGCCGCUAUUCCCGCUAGGGAUUUGAGGAUCCUUGGCCCUGUCUUCUCACAUUCCUCAAGUAUCCUUGCUAGGGAGAAAGCCAUGGUUGUCAAUUUAGAGUUUAUAAAGGCUAUAGUUAUGGCUGAAGAAGUGCUGUUGCUUGAUCCUCUUCGUCAGGAGGUUCUUCCAUUUGUGGAUCAGUUAAGACAACAACUUCCUCAUAGAAGCCCAUCCCAUGCAGCAGGCCAUAGAGACGAACAAGAAAAUGAAAUGCGUGCUUCUACAGGCAGACAAUGGUUACCUGUUCCAGAAGCCACCGAAGGUUUGCAGUGUGAGCUUCCUUUCGAGUUCCAGGUUCUGGAGAUUGCAUUAGAGGUUGUCUGUACGUAUUUGGAUUCCAGUGUGGCAGACCUUGAGAGAAAUGCUUACCCUGUGUUGGAUGAACUGGCCAGGAAUGUUAGCACCAAGAAUCUUGAACACGUGAGGAGCCUGAAAAGCAAUCUUACCCGUCUGCUUGCACGUGUUCAAAAGGUAAGGGAUGAAAUUGAACAUCUUUUAGAUGAUAACGAAGAUAUGGCACAUUUGUAUCUGACAAGGAAGUGGAUCCAGAAUCAGCAAUCCGAGGCUUUACUUGGAGCUGUGGGUUCAAAUAGCAUAGUUACUGCUUCUCCCCGUCUUCGUCGACUUAGUUCUACCAGAAGCGGAAGUUUAGUGACUAGCAACAUUCAGAAUGAUGAUGAUGUAGAGGAUCUGGAGAUGUUGCUUGAAGCUUAUUUUAUGCAGCUGGAUGGAACUCGUAACAAGAUAUUGUCUGUUCGGGAGUAUAUUGAUGACACAGAAGACUAUGUCAACAUCCAACUUGACAACCAGCGGAAUGAACUUAUUCAACUUCAGUUGACAUUGACCAUUGCAUCAUUUGCCAUUGCUGCUGAAACCUUGAUAGCCGGGCUGUUUGGUAUGAACAUCCCUUGUCCAUUGUACAAUGUGGAAGGGAUAUUUGGGUUCUUUGUUGGAGGCACUUCAGCUGGUUGUUUGUUGCUAUUCCUGCUUGUUUUAGGAUAUGCCAGAUGGAAGAAGUUGCUCGGUUCAUAGUCCACCUUCUAUCAUAUUCACUCAAGUUUUUAAUAUUUGAACAUCACCAUCUUGGCAAUCUUAUUGCUGGGUCCUAUUAAAGGAAGUCAUUCAAGUGACAUUCUAUAGUUGGGAGCCAGUAUCAAAUUUCUUUCUAUACAUGCAAGGAUGCAUAAAAACUAAAAGGGUAUGGUACUUUGAUGUGGCUGAUGCAACUUCCUCUUGACUUUGUUUCUUUGUAUAUGAGAAGGGUUGCUGUAAAAUCUUCUUCGGACUUAUUUUGGGGAUACAUAGGUGAUUAUGAUCAUUAUCCUA